AUGUUGGAAGAUCUCUUGUACGAAGUACUUCCAGUCAUCGGAUUUGCCAUAAUUGCGAGCUCUGUUUUGAUAAUUAUUGUGAUGAGAAAGGAAACAAAAAAUUCACUAAUUUUUUGCUUAUGCUUUGCAAUUUCAGAUCUUCUCUCUGGAAUUGGUACAUUGAUCGAUGGGUUUUACGGAGUUAUUGUGACUAUUUAUGGGAAUACUGUUGAAGCAAUAUCUCCGUUUGAUUGUCUUCUCCGUGCAAUUAAUGUCCCAAUAUUUUUAAUAACCGACUAUCUUCAUGUUCUACUCCUCGCCGCUUUUGCUAUCGACCGACUGAUUCAAAUUAUAUUUCCAGUUUCAUAUGGAAAAUUUUAUUCUUAUUUUAUUAACUGGAAACUUUUUAUUCUUCUCAUUUUUGCAUCUACUGGGCUUUCAGUUCAAGGAUGGGUAUUUCCGCUCGAUUCUCGAUUCAACAGUUCCGUUCGUGUGAUGAGCCAAUGCCGUUUUGACGAAGUUGUGGGAGAAGAGUAUUAUCUGAAACACAUUUUAACGGUACAAUGGAGUCCAAUUAUUUGUGUUGGAAUUCUGUUUUUGAAUAUUGUUCUGUAUUGUAUCAGACAAUCAAAACAUAAAUGGAGUUACAAUUGGUCAGAAGAAGGAAAAACAACCAAACAGUUAUUCGCAACAAUUUUCAUCCGAUGUUUUCUCUCUGGACUAUCUGUUCAUGUACCACUUCUUGUAAUUGCCCGUACAACGGAAGGCCACGAACUGAUUGCAAUUAAGGAUCAUAUUAUUCGAGUCUCCUAUUGGAUUUUCGUCAUUAUUUUUCAGCCACUGUGGCAUUUUUUGAUUCUCAGCUCAUUUCAAUCAAAUGUUUAUUCACUUUUUAAUCGAUACUCGGAGAAUACUGAAAGAAAAUGGCAAAGUGCAAAUGAUCCACCAGAAGAUGGAGCUACUCAUUUGGAUAGACAUGGAUCACCCAAUCCAUUUGGAUCUUGGUAUUCAAUGACUGGAAAUAUUACUGGAGAAGCGGGGCUUCCGGUUGGAAAUGAACGAUCUGUCAGCUUCUACUAUCAAGAAUGA